GAGUUAGAGCUGCAGGAGGGGAGGAGGUAGGCAAGCAGUCAGCUGGUAUUUGUCGAAGUACAGCUGACCUUGUGGACUGCUACGGCUGAUCCUGUGGGCUCCUCCCAGGCUGGUCUGAGAUAAGGCCCCUCAUCAAGCGGACCUCAGAGGCCCCACCUGGGCAGAAAGACACCAGCCUCUGCUUUCGGGCCCCACAGGGAGAGGAUGUCUUGGUUACUUCUCAUUCUUGCUGUCUUGGUUCAAAGGGGUGGGGCAUGCAAAAACGGGGAGUGCUGUUUCCAGGAGCUGCCCUUCUGGGAAAGAGGUUCAGGGUCAGUGGAAGGUCCAAGGGAACUACUUUGUUACAGGAUCUUCCCAAAGGGCUUCGAGUGUUCUUGGCAAUAUGAUGGAGACCCCACUCAUGUCACCCACUUCCUCCGAUGCUGCCUUAGAAAUGGGAAUUGUUGCUAUCUUGAAGCAGGAACUGCCAACCAAGUCAGGUUUACUGACCAAGAUAAGGUGCCCAUCCUACAGAAUGUCACAUUCUGGGUGGAGUCCCGAAUUGGAAAUAGGACAGCAGUGUCCCCGAAAAUCACCCUGGCGCUCUAUAGGGCCUUCAAGUUUGACCCUCCCAGUGGAGAGAUGAUUAUCUCCAAGCUCCAUGGCCAACUCACAAUAAAAUGGAACACCCCUGAAAAGCAAGAGGAUGCGAUAGCUGAAUACCGUUACCGGACAUGGAAUGGAACAUGGGAACAGGGAGAUUGUGGAGCCCAGAUGAACUCUGAUUUUGAAAUGUGCAGUCUCCAGCUGGAAGGCCCCGUUGCCUAUGAAAUUCAGCUCCGCCGCCACAAAAGAGCCUCUCCGACCGGUCAGUGGAGCAACUGGAGCAAGUCCGUUUGCAUUCCUGCGGAAAUUCUCAAAAUUCCAGAGGUGAAUUACACAGUGGGAAAACUUGAUGAUAACGGAAAGCGGGACCUCAUCCUUGACUGGGAGCCUGAGCAAGGGAAGCUGCCCCCCAACUGCAUGGAAAAAGUGAAUUUCAGCCUUGUUCUUCGGGUGCUUUCCUGCCCCUGCAAAACAAGGUCUGAGAAGAAAGUGAAGCUGGAGAAAGUGGUUCAGGUUUCUGGGGCAGAGUAUGAUGUCAUCAUCCAGACCCAGGGAACCAUUGGGCCACAGCUGAGCAGGACAUUCCGAAUCCCUGCUGAUUUCAACUCAGGAUUUAUCCAGGAUGCAGAGUAUCUGAACAUCAGCACCUCAGAAGACAACAUGAUGAUGCAGUGGUUCUCCUUAGAAAGAAAGGUCAAGAUUUACUGCAUUGAAUGGUACCCCCAUGUUGCCAACUGGACAGAUGUCACGUGUUCUCUGAAGAGUGUCAGAAAAGAAAGAAAUAAUAGAAAAGUGACAUAUAGCUGGGCUAAAGAUUUUGGAAUCAUGGACCCUAGAAAGUGUUACCGGAUCAAUAUUUAUGCUUCAGACAAACCCAAAAACCCUCAUUCCUGGGUCACUGUCUUUUCUGUGCACCAUUUCAGUGGGGAUGUUUUGAAAGCUGGGCCCAGUUACUUCACAGUGAAAAGGAUAAUAGCCCACGAAGUGACCCUGGAAUGGAAUCCUUCCCCACUCAGCCAGUGCCCAGGAGUAUUGAAGAAAUAUGUCAUCUAUUGCUGGAAUGAAAUGAACAACAAAACCAUCUUUCAUUACGUGAAUGCUUCUGCCUCGGAGUACACAAUUGGCAACCUGAGUGAGGACACUCUCUAUGCCAUUAGGAUCCGAGGAGACACGGCAACAACUUCCGGGGUGUGGAGUGAGCCCCUGGAGUUCAAACUAGAUGAUAAAGCGGCUCACCCAUCUCCCGUCCUCCUGCCGUGUGUGAUCUUGCUUGUAGCCAUAGUCCUCAUAGUCGUCGUCAUAUGUUUUGUCCUGAAGAGGGUCAAAAGCUUCCUAUGUCCACCUCUACCCAAUCCCUCUACCAGCAGCGCAACUAAGUUCCUUGCAGGAGAUACAAAGCUGGUAAGGCCAUGGGUAGGAUCCUCAGACACAGUGAAAGAUGUUGGCCUAAGGGACCUACUGAUUGUUGAGGUCAGCUCCCCCAAAGUGGAGCCUGAAGUGAGCUCUGAGGUCAGACUACUGCACCUUGAGGAGCCCAAGGGGAUCCCAGACAUCAAAGAGAGACCAACGGGUGGAGAAAAUGACCCACCCCUGGACUUGGAGCUUCCUUCUGGCUACAAUAGGCAGAAUCAUGUGGAAGUAGUUGGGGAGGAUGGCCUGCAAGAUACCAGGCACCUGUGUGGUCAAGAUGGUGGUGAGAGAGAGCAAAUGGCACCACUUUUCACCUCUCCAGAGGUGGGGACCCCUGUAAGGAUGUUAACACUUUCUCUUCUUUCAGUUCUAAGAACAUCUGAGUCUUCAGGAAACUUAAAUCUUAAGUUACAUGAGGAAUAACCUUGCAUAGGUUGAAGUAGAGAUGAUGAACCUGAGAAAAUGGCAAUGUCUUUUUGGGAUGUCAGUCCUAGAAAGGACCUUAGAACAUAGAGUGUCAGGGCUGGGAGGGAGCCUAGA